AUGAAGGUCCUGAUCUCCUUGGCAUUGGCAGUUGCCACUGCCAUGCAUCCUACGGAGAAGUCAACUCUCAGUGCAGAUGGCGCUGAAAGCAGUGAAAGCUCGAUGAUGUUAGUCGUUCACACUGCAAUGGCCGAUCCCUGGUGGACAGGCACAAUUGUGGGCACUGUUGUCAUUGUGGCAGGUGCUGCUGGUGCCUACUUUUACCUUAACAAGGACAAGCAAACCACUGAGGAUGUGGAAGCAGGCAGCAUCAAAGCAGAAAAAUCAGCUCUCACUAGCGAAGCGUUGACGUCGCAGGCUGAAGAUAUGAUCGAAAAGGCGAAGGAAAGGUUUGGUUCAAAGCUCUCGGCAGAUGGAGAUGUUGUGCAAAUCCUCCAGGGUAAGGCACAAGGCUUUGGAGAAAGGCUGAAAACUUUGGUGAUGAAUGAGCUGAACAGUGCUGCGAGCUCUGUUGGCAAGGCACUGGAGGCCGAUGAUUGCGCUGCAAUUUUGGAAUGGGACUCCAACAUCUCCGCAAACUUCCCGUCCCUCUCCGUGCUUCUGGCUGGUUUGCUGGUGCCUGUGAACUUGAGCAUCAAUUACGCCUGCCAUGUGUCUCAAGUCUUCCUGGUGCUGUUGCCCAUUGGGGUGGUGACUGCUCUCUCAGAGUAUGCUGACCGUGACCACUCAUGCACUUCCAUCCCAGGGCUGCGGCUCUGGGCACGGAUCACUGCUUGCACGGUGCUGCUGGUGAUGUGCUGCCGGCUCAUCAUGAUGAAGCGCAUCACCUCGGCGCAAAGAGACCUGCGCGCAAAGUCCGAAGCUGUGCGAUCCAAAUUGGCUCACCUGGAGAAGGAUCCUCGCGAUCUGAGCUUCACAGAUCUUCGGGAACUUUUUGCGGCGCAUGCCUCCACACUUCAACAGGCUGUGGUUUGUGAGAGCCACUGCACGUCACCCGUCAUGUCGCACAUCAUUGGCCUUGGAACGCUCAUUUGGCUCCUCAGCACUUUCUACAACACCUACCUCUACUUUGCCUACAUGUUUGUGCCAGGUGUUGUGGCCUUCCAUCCAGCUGCGGCAGAGGAUCCCAGCUACUGCGCAGCUUGGGUCACCGUUUGCGCUUCGAAGGUGGCUUUGUUGGUCGCUGUGCUGUUCUUCUUUAUGAACCUGGUGACUGUGGCCCUUUGGAUCUUCCAAUCUGUCCUGAACUCCAGUGCUGUGUCCUCCAAGAUUUCUAUGCAAGCUCGUCUCCUCGACAGUGCCAACUUUGGAAUUCCAGCUGGUCAAUUGCUUGUCAAGGCUUUCCUCUUCCGUGCAGAGAGCGACGUGCUGACGGCCAAGUUCGCUGUGUCCAUGCGCGAGAGCUCCGAGUUGGCUCAGCUGUACGCAGAUACCGAGGCUCGGCUGAACGCCUUGAAGGAGAAGGUGAACCGCAAGGAGGGCAGCGUUGAGAAGAUGCAGAAGGAGAUUGAUGCCUUGGGCGGUGGAAGCUUGGAGGCCUCCGUGCAGCGCAUGUCGGAGAAGGGCUUGGACUUCGAUCAGCUCCGUGGAAAGGGUGUGGCCAUGGUGGAGGCAGCUCACCAGCAGGCAGCCCAGAUGGAGGUGGCCGCCACUGAUGAAAUCGAAAAGCUUUCAGAACGCGUGCAGGAGAUCAUCAAACAAGUGACGGAAAGCGAUUCCUUUAAGGCUGCUCAGGCGAAGGCCCUUGAUGCAGCAGAGAAUGCCCAGCAGACCUCCAAGGAAGUGCGGUUCACCUUUGCCGUGCAUGAGCUGGACCGUACGGUAGCUGACUUCGUCAGCAAGCAGAGUGGUUCCCUGUGGCAGGAGGCUGCUCGUUUAGCCGGGACGGAAGAGCUUUGCGUUCUGAUGGACCGUGGUUUUGCCAAGGAUCCUGGAGAUCCUGAGACACAUUGGCAUCGUGAUGAUGAAGCAGUUGGCAUUCCAGCAUUGCAUGGAGGAAUCCGUACAGUGCAUGCAUGGAUACCUCUGAAAGCUAUGGGCAAAGAGCUGGGCACCUUGAGAUAUUUGAUAGGUACCCAUCGCCGAGAGUACGAGUGGUACGAGCAGUUGCUUGCGAGCCUCUGGGGCUGGGAAUUCGCUUGGUUCGCCACCUCCAGGACUGAGCAGGAUGACGCCCUGGAACUCGGUGAUGUGGCUUGGCACGAUGGCUUCAUCCUACACUCUGCAGGAAGCAACCAGGGGCAGCAGGGGGCUGCGCACUUUUUUGACAUACUUGCAGCGGAGGCUAUGCGUACUGCGCAUAUCCAGACAGAUGUCAAGGAGCAACGCAGCGAGUGUCAGCACAAAAUCCAGCGUGUAGGCACGGAUCACGACUGUUGA